UGUUUCAGGUUUUUUCACUAAAACUUUAUUUUAGAUGAUUUAUAACAUGCUUUGCAGAAAUAAGACAAAGUGCACGCAAUAAAAGUUUUAAAUGAUCCUUUAUUGAUUAAAAAUAAUCUUGAAUACUAAAAUACUGAAAAGCAUUUCCAUAUUCAGUAAUAAAUAUGUACACAUGCAUUUCACACCUCCAUCUAUUUCUAAUGAAUUAAGUAAAGUGUGAGGAAAAAGCAUGAGUUCAGAAAAGUGUGAAUCAACAGCACUGUAUAAACUUAUUUUAUUACAACCUGUACACAUGUAGUGCCUUUUUGUGAAUACUGAAAAUGACAUUGAUAUAUAUUAACAUUAAAACCAUCAGUUUCACAAACAAAACAUCUCAAAAAGCAUUUUCAGAUUUUAAUGAUGUAUGAAUGGACACUGUGAUGAUACGGUGAUGAUGAUGAUACAUGUUGAAGGUAUCUGACUACUGUGAAGUUGUCAUUUUUCCAAGAAUGUUUCCACAGAGAUACUAAUAAAUGAGACUCUUUAUUAGAACAGGCUCACCAAGGUUGGAGAUACGCCAUAACAUAGUGCCUGGCACAGGGUACUGAAAUAUCUAUCCUGAGUGUGGCCUGGAGGUCAAAAUGGUAUAUGCCGCUAUAAGUUGUUGAGAAUGACCAAGCUAAGUUCCCGUGUGACGUCCUUACAGACAGACAAACUGGUGAUGGCUAACCAAUCAGACACUGUAGUGUUGGGCAUCCUGUAAGAAGAAGGCGGCCGUAGUGAUAGAUGUAGCAAAACCAAGCUAUAGAAAGAUCAGAAAGAUUGGAACACAAGAAGCUAAAUUAAUACCAAGGGCUCACAAGGGCUAGAGACAAUGUAGAAGGUGAAGAUAAUGGGGAAGGUGGAAGAUGCGGAAGGUGACAGCCAGUUAGGGGAUCACAAUGUCAUUCCUGGAUAGUCAUCUGAGAUUACCAAAUGAGCACAGUUGUAGGAACAGCAAAGAUACUUCACGGGAUGCUCAAAACUCCCAGGUUUCUGGUAGAGGCCUAAGCUUGAAGGAUAUGUUGCUAUUGAUAUAUAUCACUCACCCACUAAAAUCAUUGAAUCCAGAAGAUGCAAUCACUUCCAUGGCCACAGGUGUAUGAAAUCAAGCACCUAGGUAUACAGACUGCUUGUAUAAAAAUUUGUGAAAGAAUGGGUCACUGUUAGGAGCUCAGUAAAUUUCAGCGUGGUAUCGUAAUAGUAUGCCAAUUUUCAAGUCCAGUCAUAAAAUUUUCUCAUUGGUAAAUAUUCUACAGUCAGGUGAUUUUAAAAAAAUCCAGGUGAUUGGGAAUGACAGCAACUCGGCCACGAAAUGGUAUUUUAUGUGAAAUCACAGCACAGGUUCAUCAGGUGCACAGUGUGCACAGGUCGCCAACUUUCUGAUAUAGACCUCCAAACUUUGUGUGACCUUCCAAUAGCAUAGAGAGCUUCAUAAAAUGGGUUUCCAUGAUUGAGCAGGUGCAUCCAAGCCUUACAUCACCAAACACGAUGAAAGCAGUCGGAUGAAGUGGUUUAAAGCAUGGUGCCACUAUAUUCUAGAGCAUUAGACAUGUUCUCUGGAGUAACGAACCGCCCUUCUUCAUCCGGCAAUCCGAUGGAUUAGUAUGUGUUUGGAGAACUCUACCUGUCUGACUGCAAUGUGCCAAGUGUAACGUUUGGCAGAGGUGGAAUUGUGGUGUUUGGUUGUUUGUUAGGAGUUCAGCUCAGCCCCUUAUAUCCAGUGAAAGUUAAUGCUGUAACAACAAGAAACUUCUUUACCACUAGGGGCUGCCAAUAGUUAAAGAAAUAGUUUUGACAUGGUAAUAUUACUUUGACGUUUAGGUUAAAAUCAAAUGGUAAACACUCAAGCCCAGUUUGGUUUAACUGUAUGUAGCUUAUGAUUAUUCUCUCAUGUAAAUUUAUUUCUGUAAAUAUUUAUUUUUCUGUUAACACUUGACUACUUUUUGUCUUAAUCAAACCUUGUUUAGCGUGAAUGACAAAUUGUUCCCUCUCCCUCUCAGUCCAUCACAUCUGGAUUAUCUUUUUUCUUGAAGGCUAAAAGAGGAAGAAAAACUGAUACCUCUUUCUUUCUUCCUCUCAGCAUAUGAAAAGAUAAUUUUAACUUCAGUAAAACCUCACCUCAACAGUUUCACACGUUCUCCUCUGAGGCUGAUCACUAACAGGAUAUAUUGAGACCUGUUCACGCUUAAGAGACAAAGAGAUAAAAAUGCAGAACAUGGAAGUUGUAUUUAAACUGUUCUUGAUGUUGCUCGGAGUCUCUCAUGGUGUGGAAACUCACUGUGAUGGCAGACAGGAUAGAGCUCAGUGUUUUGGAGUUUUGGGAGGAAGUAUAGACAUACAGCUGAUGAACGGAACCUCAGAAAUACAUAAAUACAAAUAUUUAAAGAAUUCAUUAGUACUACUAUAUGUGUCAGACAAACAAGUUCAGGCUAAUACCAUAGAACACAGAUCUCUCAUUUUCCACGUUAAUGGAACAUUUAGGAUCAACAACUUGAGCAGCAAUGACAGUGGUAUUUAUACCCUUCAAACCUUUGAUGCAGCUGCAAGAUCAACAGGCGAGUGGACUUUGCAGUUGUUUAUUCAAGCUCCUGUGUCCUCUGUCCAGCUGGUCUCUGAGUGUCUGUCCCAGGGAGAGAGGAGGGUGUCCUGCUCCUCUGAGGGAGGGGACAGUCCUCAGUACAGCUGGACUCUGGAUGGACGCACACUGACAGAUGCUGAACUCUUUUCUGAAAAUAAUGAGACUAACAUCAUCACUCUGAAACAGCACGUCUCAGGACGUCUGGUCUGCUCAGUCAGGAAUUACAUCAGUAAUGUCUCCAAAGAGGAGAGAAUAUCUACCUGUGGCUUCAUUUUCAUUAACUGCACUUCUGUCAAUGGGACACAGAUAUCAGGGUGGGUGCAUGAAGCCAAUAAAACCCUGUGUAUUAAACCAACAACACAACUAACACGAGACCCUAAAAUGAUCACGCAAACUGCUGUGACUGAAGGGACUGACAGAGUGCCAAUUGAAAACCCGAAUGAUAUCCUCAGUCCAGCUUUCAGCAGUGCUCAGCUGUGGUACAUUAGUAUUUUGUCACUGAUCAGUGCUGUUCUCUUAGCGUUCCUAAUUUUAUUAGUUGUGGGUGUAGCAGUCAUCUGGGCUCAGAGAAAAAAGCAAAACAACAAACCUACAAAACAAAAAGAUGAAGAAGAUGAUGAGGAAGUAACCUACGCUGAUGUCAGGGUGAUGAAACACCGGGAGAAGGAAAUGGAGCAAAAAUCUGAGGUGGAGGUGGAGUAUGGCCAAGUCAAGUUUUCAAAGCGACCUCUGUACACUGAACCUACAGAAGAUGACUGUUUGUAUGCCAAUGUUCAAAAAUCUGAUGAUUUGAGUGAUCAUUGCUUUUAUACAUACUGCACAACAGAGUGAGACAGUGAUGUCAAGAUGCUUCAGAAAAAUACAAACCAUCAAAGCUCAUAUAUAUUGAUUUAUGGAUCUUCUUUACUUUCACUGCACUUCUCUAUCACAACAGAACAUCUAUUGGAUCUUAUAUUUGUUUUGGUAAAUGGACUGGUUCUUAUAUAGCACUUUUCUACUCAUCUGAGCACUCAAAGCACUUUACACAACUUGUGCAUUCACUCCCAUUCGCACUAAGUGCUUCAUAGCUAACAUUCACACACUUUAUCCGAUGGAUGCAUCGAGAGCAAUUUGGGGGUUAGUAUCUUGCCCAAGGAUAUUUGGCAUGUAGACUAGGGGAAGCUCAGGAAUCGAAACCACCAACCUUCCGAUCAGUGGAUGACCUGCUCUACCACCUGAGCUACAGGUGGUAGAGCAGGUCUGCUACAGCCACCCGUUUAUUUUAUCACCAAAAUAUUUGAAUGUGAAUAUGUGAAUGACUAUUCUGCCACUUGGUGUUCCCACAGUACAAUCAUCCUGUACCCUGAGCUGAGAGAAACACACCCAGAUGUCUUUUGAUCUGAUUUCUUUAGUCGUUAAUGAAAAGUGCGAAAGUGCAAAAUACACAUCUGGUAUUGUGUGAGAUAGAUAGAGAUGAGA